AACAAAGAGAUCCUCAGCUCCACCUUUCAACGAUCAUUUUCUCUUCAUUACGUUCCGAAACAGAAAUUCAGAUCUCGAUUCGCCAUUAUAGGUAUCAUUCUUCUUCUCUGUAAUUGAAAACUCUAUAAAUGAGACCGCGUUUGCUUUUAGAAUUUCAUUUCAUGAUAAUGCUGAUUUUUUUGAACUAUACUUUUUCAAUCGAAAUUCCGAACGCGAUUGUUUGAACGUUGUGGUUCGGCUUUGUUUCGUGUGAGGUUGUAGAUCGCAUCCUGCACGAUGUUGCAAUGGAUGGGAGGAUCCAGGCGGAAAGUCGCUACUGUGAGUUGGAGUUUUGCUGUAGUUUAAAUGAGCUAGUUGCAUAUUGCAAUAUAAUUUCAAUCGAAUCGAAAUAUUAUGUGUAAUUAGGAAGAAACAAAAUCUGUUUAUUGUUUGAAGGAUUAACAGUAUCCUAUAGGACCACUGAAUUUUUGCAUUUGUAGAUGUUUUGGAAAUCACAAGGUUUUCUGAAUGAAAAAUGAAAGUAAAAAAAUACUAGUCAUUGCCUCCGGCGCAAAUUAAAAAUUUGAUUUUCAUGUUAUGCUAGCUGACGUAGUUGGCGUGACGAGCCAUUCAAAAUUGCAAAUUGUUUAAAAAAUAAAUUGAAUGAUGUUAAUUUUUCUUCUGAUGUCCAAACAUUAUAUCUAAUUGAUGCAUGAUGAUCAUUGGCGCCGGGAUGGGAGAUUUUCAGUCAAGGAAGUCUACACAAAAGAGACAGAAGCAAUACUUUGAACAAAGAAAGCGUAAGCAACAAAAUUUGCAUAUAAUGGGAUCAGAUAACUGUUAUGAUAGUCCAGGAAUAAGUGGACAAAGCCUCAAGGAACAUCGGUCUCUGGACAUUCUCAAUUUGCUUAACUUGUCAACAAAAGCUCAGCAGUGUAGUCCAUUUUGUCCAGAGGAGAGGGACGAUGGAGACAUCGAUAUUUCUACCCUGCCAGUCAAUGUCUCAACAGAUCAGCCAACAAUGUUUACCAAUAUGGAUACUACAGUAAAUUCUUUCAGAUUCGAAGAGGCAAGGGAACCUUUGUGCCGCCAGACUGAAACAUCACGGAAGAGUUCUUCUGAUCACCGCAAUACUGCCUUUAAUGGACCCCCCAAUCAAUGGAAGACAGUAUCCGAUCAAUACUCGGAAUUUUCUGUUAUUGAUUUGGUGUGUGAUGAUGAACCUAAUGCCACUGCAGAAAAGUGUCCCACCUGCGAAGAUCAUGUUUCUUUUUCACUUGAAGGCCUGGGUAAAGUUGGGACAGAAACGCCAGUUCAUUCUCCAGAGCAACGUGCUAGAAUCCCAUAUAGUUAUUCUCCAUUGCAGAAGGAUGGAAGUAAAUCAAAAUUGAAGAAAGUUAACCAUGAGCUGGAUGACAUUGAACUUGAAGUGGAUACAAUGGUGCAAGAUAUCAAGGUCUCGCCCAUCAGUUCUUCGGACUUCCCAUUUAACAAAUUAAGGCGAAGCUCAGGAAAUGUUGGAAACGGCAAUCGUUUUUAUGACAUUGAUAACAGAAAUGGCUCUGCCGAUAGGGAAAAAUUCUUCUACAAGACUGAAAAUAGUGAUGGAGACUUGUGGAAUGCAUGUUCAGUUUUCCUUGAUGAGACCUUUGACAACGAGAUGGGAUAUGAUACCUCGUGUAAGAAGACUUUUCAAAUGGGUUCUAAAUCUCCUGAAUUAUCGAAAAGUGGAACCUACAAAUUGGAGAACUAUGCUUUUGAAGACCUACUGCCGAAGAAAUGGUCUUCAGCUGUAGCGAUGAAACAGAUGGAUAUGGGCGAACCACGGUCUUCAUUUUCUAAAGACGAAUUAGAGGAAGAUUUUGACUUUUAUGUUGCUAGCAGGUCAAGAUUAGAUGGGAACUUCGAUGCUCAAAAUUUCAUUCCAGAAGAUGUAAGGGAUAAUUCGAGCUUGCUGAGCGAAGAGUCAAGCUCAUGCGCUGCGGUGAGGGGUGACUCCACCGCGCAUUCACCAGCAAUAAUAUUGACAGGAGAGAACAGAAGAAAGCAUAGAAAUGCUUUUUCAAGCCCUAGAAAGCAUAGAAAUGCUUUUUGUAGCUCUAGAAAUAGGUACAGUACCAAGGACGAAAAGUACAGAAGUAUGCCAAACUCAUCAAAGCCAGUACCAUCUCAUUUUUCAAACUCUAUUCUCCAGGAAGAGCUGGGGCCACGUAACAGUUGGCACUUUGAGGAAAGAAAGCCUUCAUUUGAUAAAAGUUCUGUUGCCGCCCCAUUCUGUCUAGAUUUAGAGACAGAUUUUACAGUCUUCGGAUCCAAGAAUAGAAUUGAAGAUCCUUUUAACGUCUUUAAUACCCUCGAAUUAAGUGACAAGGCGAGUCCUUGCUUUGGUGGAUUUAAUAAAACUGCACCUCGUGCAGAUUCAGCUCCUUGCAGUUUUACCUCUCAAAAGUUGGCAUGUGACUGCUCAGCUGCAUUCCCUAAUGUUGAUUCCUGGCCAACGAGCCCAAGUUUAUCUCCAGAUUUUCAUUUCAAAGGAAAGUCUGAGGAUGCUGGAGGUUUUCAUUGUGCGACUUCAUCUACUGAUAUGUCAGGGCAGGGAAGUGUUUGCAAAAGCGAGAAACAAGUGAAACUGCAAAAAGACAGACGCAAGAAUUUUGAUCAAGAAAAUGUUUUCAUGGGAGAUGAUGAAUUGUCCUCUGAAAAGAAACUAGCAGAUGAUGCCCCAUCUUUCAAGAAUCAUGAGCAAGAAUGUGAAGGAACAGAGGACACAAAUCCAAAAGCAUCAGCAACUGAGUGUCGUGUAACAGCUGACUCUUCGGGUCAUGUGGAGGAGAUAUCAUCAUUACUGAAGAGACCUGACAAAGAAGAAAGUCAAGUAGAUAAAAGAAAGAGCAAUUGUGAAGCUGAAACUCUUCUUAGAUGUAAAACUUCAAACGAAGAUAUGCAACUUUGGUUGCCCGAAGAAAGAAAGAAGAGUGAAAAACAUAAUAAUGAUACAAUUAGCUUGUCAGGUCAGGUGAUGUUUGAAAGCUUCGUCUUUCAGCUUCUGCAUGUUCAGAAGGUAUUGAAGGAGGCACCUACCUGAAGCAGUAACGCCUUCGUUGAACAUAGCAAUAUCAAUAAAAUUUCUCUUCAGAUGCCUCGUGAACAAACGAACAUUAAAUCAUCUUUUUUUUUUCUCAGCGAUCAUUCCUAAUAUGGAUAAUUUUC